AUGGAUAUCAAACAUUCGAGAAGAAUCCUGCUCUUAGGCACCCGGGAAGCCGGUGCGCUCGACAUCGUCAAAGACCUGACAGGCACCGCCCCAUCACCCGACAUUAACGGCUCAACCGCCGGCCUCACACACGAAUGGGACGUCCAGACGCAAUACUAUACCGCCAAAGUGCCCAUUUGGGUCGACGAAGUACCAGACAUUGAGUCGUGGAAGACCGAAUUCCUCAAAGAUGAAGCCAAAGAAGUGGUCGAUGCAGUCGGAGCUUGGAUCUUUUGCUUUGAAACACCGAAAGAUGGGACAAUUAGUGAGGAUGUGGAGAGUGCCAUGAAGGGGAUUCAAGAGGUCGUGGAGAGGCAUGGGACGUUUGGAAGUGAGGUUGUGUUUUUGGCUGUGGCUAAGCCAAAGGGCAAGCCCGAAAAGGGUGGAAAGACAGUGCAGGAGGAACAGGAGGAUAAGUGCAUGGAGUAUGGAUUCGAGUACAUCCGAUACGGUGCUACAGGAAAGAAUGAAUUCGGGGAGAAGGUUGGAUUUGAGCGGUUGAAGGAGGCUCUUGAGGCGAACGAGUGGGGUGCUGCUGGAGACGAGGACGACGAGCUCGAUCUGGACGACUUGGACUUCGAUAUUGACGAUGACGAUGAGAUGGGUGGUUUUGGAAGGGAAGAGGCUGAAAUGACGGCUGAGUUGUUCGGGAUGAAGGCUGCGCUGAAUCGAGAGGACGAUGAGGACGAGUUUGAUCCUGCUGCGGAGGAUUUUAUAAGUUCGUCGUCGACACAGCAACAGGCUGAGCAGGUGGAGGAUUUGAAUCGGAUGAUGGGGAAGUUGAUGGCUGUUAAGGAGCAGAGUGAAGGGUUACCGGAGGCGCAGAGGAAGAGGAUGGCGGCGAAGGCCGUGAGGGAUAUCAUGAAGGAGAAUCUGGAUGUUUGA